AUGCCAGUCAGGGGAGCUCUCUCACUUCCCUUCCUGCUCCUCCUGAGCCCCAGCCCGAGCCUAGGGGAAGACACAGGUUAUAACCUAAGAUGUUCCAAACAGCUGUUACCAUGCUAAUGAGAAAAUCUGUUGGAAAACUCGUCUUCAGUUAUAAUGACUCUAUUUAAUUGUCAUUGUCAAAGAGAGGGAAAUUAGUUCUCAUCACACAUAGAGUACUUUCUAAUUGGUAGCAAGUUAUACCCCUACCUGACAUGAUGAUAAUUAGCACUAGAUUUACUCAAAUCUGUUCCUGUAAUGACAUACCUGUAGGCUUUGUCGCAAUGGUUAUAUCAUAGCAUAGCAUUAAUGCACCAUGCACCCCCCUAUGCACUCCAACGCACCUCCACAGUGGCCAAGGACAUGGGUGUUCACCAACUGGGUCGUCUGGUGGAGCUGCUGACCUCCAGGGAGUGUGAGAACCACCUCUCUGCCCUGUCCCACCCAAAACAUCUUCCAGCAGCUGGACCAUCUCUCACUGGAGAACAACCAACUGGACCUCCAGAAGAGAGUCAAGACAGACACUAGUACAGCAACGCUGACAGUACAUCACAACGAAUAGCUCAGCUGUCUGCACCAUACAUUUACUGUAGUUAGAGUCUUAGAGCAAUGCAGCAAUCAAAGGGCGUAGCUAUCUGUCCAUAUCUGUAUUGAGGAAUGUACUUACUACGACUGUGAUAGGUGGUUGUCUCACCUAGUUAUCUUAAGAUGAAUGCACUAACUGUAAGUCACUCUGGAUAAGAGCAUCUGCUAAAUUACUAAAAUGUAAAUGUAAAAUGUAGCUGAAUACACAACAUGCUCUGCUCUAACCCAACACUAAUAUGGGUUUAUCAUAAAGUGAGGCACUCAAUGAGAUUGUUGUUUAUCCCAGUCUGUGAGGACUCAGAGGAGAGUGAGCUGUCUGUUCCUCCUGUGUCCUGCUCUGUUUGCCUGUUCCUAGUUAGCUGCAGCAGCGUGGCUGGGCCUGCUGUCUGACAGCCAUAUUCUGUGUGUUUACCAGAGAGGGACAGUGAGGCUCAGUGCCGGACAACUCUGACAGACUUGCUGCUGAAGGACGGAGAACAGACAUACUACGACAGGCUGUCUCGUGCCCUGCAACACGUCGGACGGACAGACAUCGCCAUAGGUCAGACACAGACGGACGGACGGAUUGACAGACAGUCAUGCCAGUCAGGGGAUACAAACACAGAACUAAUGAUGUCUCAUUGA